AGUGAAGUCACUCAGUCGUGUCCGACUUUGCGACCCCAUGGACUGUAGCCUACCAGGCUUCUCUGUCCAUGGGAUUUUCCAGGCAAGGAUACUGGAGUGGGUUGCCAUUUCCUUCUCCAUUUAAAGGCGUAACUCCAUUAAACAGUGAAUUUAGAAGAAUGGAGGCCUUAGCAUCAGAAGUAGUAGCAGAGCAUUUGAGGGCAUGUUUGAGAAUUGUGUUAAGUUCGUCGCUGUGUUCCUGCAGGGGUUUAGACUACCAACGCUGGGCUUAAAUUGCCUCCGAAGGAAUUUCAGUUGACAAGAAGCAUGCCACGUGUUGUGUAAUCCCAUUCUCGAGAGAUGCUGAAGAAGGGUAGAUAGCUAUCUUUGUAGAACAGAAUGGAUUUAGGGCACACGAGCCCUGGAACCAGGGACAAAGGAAAGAAUCUUGAUCCAGUCCCCAUCUCUGUUAAAUAAGGAAGAGAAUAUUCAUUUUUCCAGGCUGUAAAAAUGUAAGCCUUUCUUUUUGCCAGAAAGGGGUCAUGUCAUAUGCACAAAGUGUAUGCAUGUGGUUUCUUUUAAAGAGAAGAUGUGCUUCCUUUAAAGAGCAUGUAGUUGUUCAUCUAGAAAUUAGUGACUGUUGGUCAUUGAUCUAGGACUUCUUCAGAACUCUGAGUUUCACCAGAAGAGCUCUGAAUAUGAUUUUCUGCCUUCAUUCAUUCACUCAGUCAUGCAACAAGUAUUUGUUGAGAACUCCCUCCUCCUAUUCCAGGCACUGUUAGAUGUUGACUACUUAAAAAGUAAACAAAACAAAAACAGAUUGCUCAUGGAAGAGGACCAGUCUCCUGCUCUUAAAAUUUCUAAUGGGUUUUAUGGGAGCUCUUUUCAUAGGAGCUGACUUCAAACCGUGAAAAUGAGAUUCUUUUGGCUCCAGCUCUGGAUAGAUAGGUGUUUGGUGUGUGUAAAAGCAGGUGUUUUGACUUCGCCUGGAGUUGCCUUACCUGCAGAUUUCCUUCAGGCAGCAUCCCUGUGCCUAGUGGAAGCCAGUGACCCAGGGGAGAGGUGCCCAUUGUUGAUAGCUCGUGUGAAAUUAAACUUGGCUGGUUGCUGGUGGAAUAUGUUAUGAACUAGAAGCUCUCUGUGUCUGCCUUCAAUACAGGGGAGGAGAUUUUUCCUUCCCACAAUCAUGGCGAUGUUAACUCUCUCAGCCGACUAGUGGCACAAAGGAAAACUGCCGCCUGGGUCUGCAUUGGCGAAAGCAGAAAGCUGCAGUUACGGGCAUUUCCCUGUGACAAGGAGCACCGGCAGCGGCUGUGCCGGGAGAGCCGGACGCGGAAAAAGCACCCCACGAGAGCAGUUGGUGGUGACAUGCCUCUGUUUUUAUCCAGAUAUGCUAGAAGCAUGUUUAUUCACUGUGGUGCGUCUGCUGUGAUAAGACCCUCUUCCUUCGGAUGCCCUAGACCACCGUUUGUUUAGCUGGAGAACUUAAUGAGUAAUGGAUGUGCUUGGCUGGCUGAUAGAAAGUAUUUCCACAGCCUGUGGCUGUGUUUAUAGAGAGCCGGAGAGAGACCACAGGCAGCAAUUUGUCUUCUUAGGUAUCAGCAAAGUCUUCUCUUUUAACAACUAGGGGAUUUAUUUUUAACUGCUUGAGUCAGUGUUUGUCAGAUGAUGCGGACCAUCAAACUGCAGAUUGAAGUCCCGGGUGCGGGGGAGGCUGGAAUGGCAAGGGAAAGGGGGCUGGCUGGGAAAAGGGGUGGGAUUUCAGCAUCGUGCCUCCGUGGCUCUGCCUCCCAACGUGGGAGAGAGUUUCGGGCUUCCAGCAGCAGGAGUGGAUUUGCAGGUCAAGCUGGGAACGAAAGGGUAACGGCUGCCUUCAGCUGCUUAAAGAUAUAACUGCCCAGGGAUCGGGGUAUUGUGAGGAGGUGGCCGGCGGCCGGCACCCGGCAGAGACCAGAGGAUUCCCAGUGCCGGCCUCUGCUGGUCGGCAGAUUGAGCUUUUCCUCUGCUGGAUGCUGCCUGUCUCCAGGAGCCUCUCACCAUGAUCGAUAGCUCCAAGAAGCAGCAACAGGGCUUCCCGGAGAUUUUAACUGCUGGCGAUUUUGAGCCACUCAAAGAAAAGGAAUGCCUUGAAGGGAGCCACCAGAAAAGUCUCAAGGAAGCUCCUGCCACCAGCCACCCUCUCACCUCUCCACUGGCUCUUCCUCGUCUUCUGGAGACCCAAACAGUAAAUUGCUCCAGCUGAGGCUGCAACAGAGGAGGACGAGAGAACAACUAGUGGACCAGGGCAUCAUGCCACCUCUGAAGAGCCCCGCGGCAUUCCAUGAGCAGAUAAAAAGCUUGGAACGAGCCAGAACCGAAAACUUUUUGAAGCACAAGAUUCGGAGUCGACCAGAUCGUUCUGAACUUGUCAGGAUGCACAUUUUAGAAGAAACAUUUGCGGAGCCAUCCCUGCAGGCUACUCAGAUGAAGUUGAAAAGAGCUCGACUAGCUGAUGAUCUGAAUGAAAAGAUUGCUCAAAGACCUGGUCCUAUGGAGCUGGUAGAGAAAAACAUCCUUCCUGUAGACUCCAGUGUUAAGGAAGCAAUUAUAGGCGUUGGGAAAGAGGACUAUCCCCAAACUCAGGGCGAUUUCUCAUUUGACGAAGACAGCAGUGAUGCUUUGUCUCCGGACCAGCCGGCCAGCCAGGAGUCGCAGGGGUCAGCCGCGUCCCCAAGUGAGCCAAAAGUUAGUGAAUCGCCAUCUCCUGCGACUACAAACACUCCAGCCCAGUUUACUCCAGUGUCCCCAGCAGUUCCUGAAUUCUUGAAAACUCCUACUGCAGAUCAGCCCCCGCCACGGUCCACAGCACCCGUCCUCGCCCCAAGCACCACGUCCUCAGCGAAGCCUGGGCCAGCACUGGUGAAGCAAAGCCAUCCCAAGAAUCCAAACGACAAACACCGCAGCAAAAAGUGCAAAGACCCCAAGCCCCGGGUGAAGAAGCUGAAGUACCACCAGUACAUCCCGCCAGAUCAGAAGGGGGAGAGGAGUGAGCCGCACAUGGACUCCAACUACGCCCGGCUGCUCCAGCAGCAGCAGCUCUUCCUGCAGCUGCAGAUCCUCAGCCAGCAGCAGCAGCACUACAACUACCAGACCAUCCUGCCCGCGCCACUCAAGCCACUCAAUGACAAGAACACCAACAGUGGGAAUCCAGCUUUGAACACUACCACAUCUAACACACCAAGACAGAAUACACCUGCUCCUGUGAGAAAGCCAGGACCUCUGCCAUCGAGCUUGGAUGAUCUAAAGGUAUCGGAGCUGAAGACAGAGCUGAAGUUAAGGGGUCUCCCUGUGUCAGGCACCAAACUGGAUCUCAUUGAACGCCUAAAACCCUACCAGGAAGUGAACAGCAGCGGCCCUGCUGCCGGUGGCAUCACAGCUGUGCCCACACCCGCCGUCGUCCCCAGCAACCCCGAAGUCACCGUGGCCCUGCCAGUGACAACACUACAGAACUCUGUGACCAGCUCAGGCUCCACUUUCAAGGCAGAGCUGCCCCCCGCCAGCAGCAGCAGCGUGGCCCACGUGGACAGCGGUAGCUCCCCACUGCCCAUCUCACCUGCACCUUCCGAACAGUCCAGCCUCAGUGCUGAGGACACGAGCAUGGCUGAUACGUUCACCGAGAUCAUGACCAUGAUGUCCCCAUCGCAGUUCCUGUGCUCGUCGCCCCUGCGGGCGACCAGCACUGAGGACAGCCUCAGCCCUACCAGCAGCACGCUGUCCACCCUGGAGCUGGACGCAGCCGAGAAGGACCGCAAGCUCCAGGAGAAGGAGAAGCAGAUUGAGGAGUUGAAGCGGAAACUGGAGCAGGAGCAGAAGCUCGUGGAAGUUCUGAAGAUGCAGCUGGAGGUGGAGAAGCGAGGGCAGCAGCAGCAGCGGCCCCUGGAGCCCCCGCCCCCGGCCAGCACCCCGGCCCCUUCGGUCUCCAAGGCCGACCAGACACGGGGCCCCACUGCUUCCACCACCAAGGACGAGGCCCCACUCCCCGAUGGCCCCGGCCCGGUGGCCGGCCAGUCCCUUGUUGCCAAAAAGGCCAUAGUGAUCAAGCAAGAGGUGCCUGUGGCCCCGGCCGAGCCACCGAGCCUCGUCCCACAGUUUUACGUGAGUUCCCAGGGCCAGCCGCCCGCCGGGGUCGCUCAGCCGCAGGCUUUACUGACCACGCAAACUGCACAGCUGCUGCUCCCUGUGUCCAUCCAGGGCUCCAGUGUGACCUCAGUGCAGCUCCCUGCAGGCAGCCUCCAGCUCCAGACUCCACCACAAACAGGACUCCAGACGCAGCCUCAGAUAGCAGCAGCCACCCUGUCCUCGGGCCUGGCCCAGGCGGCGCCUCAGAAGCAAGACGCUUUCCCAGCACGCACGCUCGGUCAGCCUCAGCAGGCCAGAAAGGUUUUCACCAGCUCGGCAUCCAGUACAGUUGUGCCCUAUCAGAGGCCACCUGCUCCAGCGGUGCAGCAGCCCUUUAUCAACAAGGCGAGCAACAGCGCCCUUCAGCCCCGAAGCACCCCGCUGCCCCCCCUGCAGAACGGCCCCAGCCCUCCCAACAAGCCCGGCUCGCCCCCUCCGCCCCAGCAGUUUGUGGUCCAGCACUCUCUGUUUGGGAAUCCAGUCCCCAAGACGAAAGACCCUCCCCGCUAUGAGGAAGCCAUCAAGCAGACACGCAGCGCCCAGUCUUCCCUUCCAGAGAUUUCCAAUGCACACAGUCAGCAGAUGGACGACCUCUUUGACAUCCUCAUUAAAAGCGGAGAGAUUUCCCUCCCUAUAAAAGAAGAACCUUCUCCUAUCUCCAAAAUGAGACCAGUGACAGCCAGCAUCACCACAAUGCCGGUCAGCACCGUGGUGUCCCGGCCACCACCCCAGGUCCAAAUGGCACCACCCAUAUCCUUAGAACCUAUGAGCAGUCUAUCUGCCAGCUUAGAGAACCAACUCGAAGCCUUCCUGGAUGGAACCCUACCUUCAGCUAAUGAAAUCACUCCCCUGCAAAGCGGCAGCGAGGACAGAGAGCCCUUCUCCCUGAUCGAGGACCUCCAGAACGACCUGCUGAGCCACUCAGGCGUGCUGGACCCCUCACACUCGCCCAUGGAAACGGCCGAGGCCCAGUUUGCUGCAAGUACGCCCUGCCUGUCCCUUGACCUCUCUGACUCGAACUUGGACAACAUGGAGUGGUUAGACAUUACCAUGCCCGGCACGUCGUCGGGACUCACACCACUCAGCGCCACCACUCCCAGCAUGUUCUCUGCCGACUUCCUAGACCCACAGGACCUGCCACUGCCGUGGGACUAACAGCACAGAUUUCUCGUCUCAAGAGUUUAUGAGGUUUGAAGACAACGACGACGUUUCAAAAAGGUCAGAUUUUAGAGACAGAUCCAGAGUUGCAUCAUUGCAAUUAUAAUAUGUUGUCACAGAGGGAUGGGAUGGAUGGUCAGAGGCUGGAAACCAAGUUUGAAAACAUUUCAUUGCAUCCAGCAGUGAAUGCCUGUGAUGUAAUAUAGCACAGAGCCUUCUGAAAAAAACACUACUCCAAGAAGACUCAUCUGUUUCUCCAGACUUCAGUAAAGAACGAAAGGUACCUUUAGAUUAAAAACGCGAAAAAUAAGGUAUGCAGGGUUGCAACAUGAGGGCCUCUGGUCAUCAGCUACAGUUAAACCUCUGUGGUCAUUUUAAGACCUUAAAUAAAAGGCAGACAGCUCCACUCAAAAAGAAAGGUGAGCGAUCACUGCACAGGGUAUCUCCUAGAAAUGGCCUGAGCCCGGCCCAAGAUGCAGCCAGGGUCAAGGGCAGUGGCCAGCACCAGCCAGUUCAGUGACAGCUUCCCGCUGAAGACUUUUGGUUCCAUUCAGAAACCAAUGUAAUUUUUUUGUGUGUUCUAGUUUAUUUUGUGAUUUGGGGGAAUCUUACUUCAGAUCUCCAGAUUUAAAUUGAAAUGGGAGAUCUUUCACCAUUACCAGACAAUGUCUACAAAAUACUGUCAUAAACAAUCCACUCUAAGAAGUCCAGGUGUAUUGAUAACACUGAAAAGUCUAUUAGCAGCCCUCCGGGUUGAUUACAUUGAUUUUAAUGUGUAUAUUAGACACUUGUAUGUAUACUCUGACAUUUGUGAUUUGUACAGCCUACAUUGGAGUAAGGAAUUGGAUACCCAGUGGUCCUACUUGUUUUAAUAACUCAAAUAUUUCUAGAGUACCUGAGCCACGUCUAUUUCCGUAUUUAAGGAAUUGCUGACUAACUUUCAGGUAACCAGGUCCAUCUCAAAGAACCAAGAAAAGGCUUUGGCAUGAAAUGUCUUUCUUAGCUGGUAAGCUGCCAAGAGAAGGCAAGGCAGCAGUCUGUCGUCCCCCAAGGACAUUCCCAGAAUGGUUCAGGUGGCGCAGCGGCACCAGGUUGGCCAGCAGAUCCAGCCCUGGCCUUCUUCUUCUCGGUCACCAAUCCCUGGUUACCGUUUUCCAGGCUUGUAACUGGAUGUCAUACCUGAGCUCUCACUGUAUCAUCAGGCUGAAGGUUGAGAAACUGGAGGUUUUAUUAGUAGUUUUUUAUAUUGAAAAAGUCAUAUUUGUUGAGUAGGAUAGUUUCAGAGUUUUCUAAAAUGCCAACUAUCACAGGAUUUCCAAAAUUAUUUCAGUCAAUUGCUAGUCAUUUAAGUAUAGGACAAAAUAUAAAAUAACUGAAAAAAAAAAAAAAACCCACCCAAAAUCUACUUAAAAGUGUGGAGACUUUUGCUAAAUAAGAGCGUUGUGCUCUCACCUCACCUUGGGUAAACCCUAGUCAGGUUUUCUGUGGGUCAGUAAACAGUGAAUGUUCCCACAGUGACGGGCAGCCUGACCCAUUACCUGGAAAGAGUCUGUGAAUCAUUUCUAGGUUUUGUGUUUUGCCUAAGAACUGAUCUGACUUUAUAUUUUUAUCUCAGUUUGUGAAUUUUACUCUGUAAGAAAAGUCCAUUUUCCCAGUGUUCAGUUGCCCGGCACCCUGGAGCCCUCAGUGGAAAGCCCUCCCAACUGGAAAGUGCUUCUGGAUGGUUCGGGCAGAGGUGGUCAGGCACAGUGUGGCCUGUAGUAGGUAUUUUGGGUGCUUAAAGAUUGGUCAUCCAACAGGUGGGAAAUCGUAACCAUUGAGCAGAGCACCACCUUCUGACCAAGCCCAGCGAGAUGGUCAGCAUCCUAGGCGUGAGUAGGUUCCUCUCAGAGGGCCCGUCUCCAGGGCUGGGGCUACUGACUCGGGAAUGUGCUUUUCUUAGGGGGGGUCCGGGCCCUGAGUUUUUGUCCAGGGCUCGUCUGGCCCACACUUAGACUCUGAGCAUCGUAUUCAUUUAGAUUGAAAUAUGUUAUUAAAUUAGCAGCAGAUAUCAAUGGGACUGUAGGAGGCAACUAAACAGCUAGUGGUAUUGGCUCUUGUUGACUUAACUUUCUAUCUCCGUCAUCCUGCACUGUGUAUAUAGAUUGUUCUUUAGCCCUCAGCUCCCCUUAUUGCUUUGCUGAGAUAGGUUUGAAACAUGCCACAGGAAGGUUGCUCUCCAAAAACACACACUGCAGUGCACAGAAUGCCAUCUUAUAUAUAGCCUGCUCUCUCCUGAUGAUGAAUCGCUGAAGUGCCCACUUCACCUUCACGCAGCAGCAUCUCCCCUGAAGGCAGCAAGGAGUGUCCAGUUACUGACGCUCUCGGCUGCCGCCUGCCCUCCCGUCCUGGCACGUGUGUAGUUGGGGGGAGGGGGUGGUACUGUUGUGUUCCACCCUGCAAAGUACCAUACUGCCCAGCAGACAGCCACCUUCUAGAAACAUUAUCUCACGUCCAGUCUUAUUUCCUAAAUACUCCUGAAACACAGUAGUAUCGAGCUUACCUUACUAAUGUAUAUAGGUGCCAGGUCACGUCAUUAAGGAUGGGAGGAACAGAAAGUUACAUCGAAGAUGCUGCAGAGCCUUGGCAAGUCCAGGCAUAUGUGGUCAUCUUGUACAUUUCAGCAAAGCAUGUACUAGAAAAUCUCAUAGGACACUGUGCGUGCUUCACGUCCUAGUAUUUUUCCUGAAAUGUGCAAUCUACUGUAUAGUAUCUGCCACGUAUUUGUACAUAGAUGCAGUCUGAGUUCAUGCAACUUCGUGCUCAGAUACCGUUUGUGUUUGUUUUAUAUGAAUAUUUUUAUGGCACUAAAGAGAUCUUAUUUAAAUUUCCUUUUUGCAAACUUCAUGGUUCUGUGAUCCAUGGACGUGCAUUCUCAGAAUCGUGGUGAAGGCAACAUGGUGUGGUCCCCCCAGCUGCUGCCCAUAGAGGCGCCAUCACGAGCUGUGAGGUCAGUGGACGCCAAGUGACAGCUGAUGAGGAGUGUGUCACCUAUUUGGUCACCAAAGCUGACUCAGGCUUCCUCCACCCCAGAUCAUUCUAGCCAUACAAGCUUUCUCCAGAGUCCCUUUAAGGAUCCCAGGCUGAAACUGGCCACCACAGCUGGCAAAAGAGCUGUCCCCGCCAGGGCCGGACCAUCUCGUUACUGUCCACAGCCAGCCUGCAGCUGGGUUCACACCCCUCACUCACACGCAUGUCCGGGCGCGUCCGGUGGCUCCCACCAUGAGUCAGCUGGAGGGUGUGCAGCGGCACCAGGGGCUGUUUUGAGAACUUCCCAGAGACCGACUGUCAGCAUCCAUCAGCAGAGCCACCGGGGCCACACAGCUAGGUCCACAAGUAGCGCCCCACAGGCCACCACCCGUCACUGCAAACGUCAGUCCUGACCGCUGGCACCAGGCAAAAUGACCCCCACCUGGAGGCCACAUAGUCAGCCCACACUCUCAGAGAACACUAACUGGAAGGUCAGGGUCACCAGGAAACAGCUCACACGUGCGGACGUGUGUAUCUGGAGAGCAGCCUCACUGCGUUUCCGCUCAUCUUGUACUUGGUUUCGGUCAAAACUGGAAAAUGACAACUAAGAUGUAGUCAUUCUUCUUCUCGGUUCAAACCUUUGAUAACUUGCUCUUUCAGUGACCUUUCCGGGCUGCGUUUUUAUCCGUGAAGUGGCCGCAUGGCAAUAAGCCGGCCUCCGGCUGUCCCCGUUCGCCCUUUCUCGCAGUAUUUGAGGAAAUGCAUCAUUACAAAGGGUCUCUACCUGAACUCUCAGAUUCGAGGCCUGUAAUUCCAAAAGCUGCACAUGUUUACAAACGAGCUCUUCCCCUCCACGCAAACACGUUGCUCCAUGAAUCACAUCAGAAAAUGUCACGACCCUGUGAUAACAGGGUGGCAAUCUCAGACCUGCAAGGUGCUGUCUGGAAUCAAACACAUCAUGUCAAUGGCGAUCUCGACGCAGUUGUCAGGUUUUAACAGAGCUCUGUGCCAACCACUAAGACAAAGCUUUAACCAAGUUCUAGAAUCACCGAGACUCGUAACGAUUACCUCUCCACAUCAUGCUGUAAGGAAACUUGCUGGCUUAGGAGGAGGAAGCAUUUAGGAAAGGGUUUAGUUGCUACCAAAAGUACUUAACCUCGAGUAACUACUAGUAAUGCAAACUUGCUUUAAAGGAACCAAAGGCAUUGCCAAGUAUUUGCCAAAAGAAGGCACUUUUUAUUUAAAAUUUGAGACUAAUGAGCUCUCAAAAAUCAGUCCCAAAAAGGUAUUAUCCAUUUAAGGUUAUAAUUUUCACAAAGAUGUAGAUAUUCCUCUAUUGUUUUCAUGUAAAAUAGUAUAGAUUUGUUUUGUUGGGUUAAGAAUAAUACAUAUUUAGCAGUAAUACAGAGUUUUUUCCUUUCUACAUACAAAUUCAUUUUCUUGUUUUCUUGCUUGCAAUAGAAAUGCAAUGAGAUAGGUGUUUCUCUUCUUAUUUUCAUUGUCACAUUAUGUCUUAGCAUCUCACUCUAUGAAAAACAAGGAGAAAGAUACCAAUCUACAGAGCCCUGCUUAUCAAAGCACUAGCUUAAUAAACAAAAAAAUGAUGGCAAUCGGGGGUCCAUUCAUGUAUUGCCUUUAUGUUGUUUUUUAAAAGAAAAACCAUGAUGCCUUUGUAUUUGCUGUUUGCACCCCUGAAAUCAAUUCCAUAUCAUGUUUGAAUGCCAUACAUUUUGCACAUGUACUGUACAUAGGUAAUGCAUACUGUAUUUUUAUAUGUGUGCACAUUUAUCAUCUGAUCUUUUGUACAUAGUGGCCGUAUUGUAGCUGAUCGGGAAAUGUUUGAUAUCUCAGCAAUUUUGCAUUUUUGUGUCUCAAAUAAAAAAAAACAUUUUGAUUUA